GGCUGCAGAGAACCUGACUUGACCUUCCUGGAGCCUCGUGGGUGAGACCAGCGCUGGUCCUACCAGAGGGAACCUGCGGCGUUUAUCAGACCAACCACAGCGCCACUACAUGUGCAGCUGAAGUGCAGCGAGGUGUUUUCAGCUCAUGUGACACAGAUCCUGUAAGCAGGUGUAAUCUUCCUCCUCCUCCUCCUCCUCCUCCUCCAGCUGGGCUUCUCUGAGGGGAUUACUGCAGACCUGAGGUCAGAGCGGCACAUUCUGCCGAGGAAAGCAACAACGAGCAGAAGACCAGCUCAGGAUGGGUGUUUGGUGUAACUAGUCCACCUCGCUGGCUCCUCCGUACCUGCUGGAGCACCGCUGCAGUUUCAGGACACGUCGGGGGUGCUAUUGUUGAAUAAUCCUGCUCCUGGUCUCCCGUUAGUCAGCGUUGGUGAGGAACAUGGAUCUAGACAGAGAGGAGGAUGUGUUUUCAGACGCUGAAGACCCCUUCCCCCUGAGGGAAGACCUGGAAGAAGAGGAGGGAGAGGACGAAGAGGACGAAGAAGAAGGAGGAGGCCGGAUCUUCAAUGCCUGGAUGCAGCAGUACCGAGGAGACCAUCAGAAGAAGCCGGUGCAGGAAGAGAAAGAGAAGGAGGGGGAGGAGGAGGAGGAGGAGGAGGAGGACAGGGAGCCGGAGGGAGGAAGACCUGAGAGCAGGUGCAGCUUGGAGCCACCGGUCCAGAUGAGGCUUGACCGCCGCUCGUCUUUGCCCUGUCCGGCCACACUCUCAUCCAUGCAGUUGUCCCGCCUUCACUCCUCCACAUGUGCUCCAGUGACAGCGAGGGUUUUGCUGCGACGCCACUCCUCCCGCCGCCUCAUUCCAUCCUCACAGGACUCUGCCGUCCCCCCGCUAGUGCGACAAGCUUCACUCAUACAGACCAUCCCUGAAGCCGUGGCACCUGAGCGGCGGGGCCAUUUCAGAAGACGUAACUUCAUGUCAUUGAGUGAUGCGUACAGCGUGUGUUUGAUCUGUCAUAAUGAUCUAAGUCAAGGAUCAGGAGGCACCAGAGAGCUGCAGUGCACUCACACCUUCCACAAAGAGUGUAUCGAGGAGUGGUUGUGGAGGAAACGCUGCUGUCCCACCUGUCACGUUCAGGUGUCCAUGCCUCAGCCCCUCUACUGGAGCUCCACCAGGGUCAAGGUCCCCUAACACCUCCCCGAGACACAACUAAGUCCUCAAACGGGUCGUCCGACAUCAGCCUUCUGAGGAGAGGACAGAGAUAUUCGCUACCCAUUCUCUGAGACCAGUACGUGCUACUGGAGCAGCUCAGCUGUUUAGACAGGCUUCGUCCAGCUGAAGGUGAAGGCUUCCCACAACACCAGGACUCUGAGAUGGACCCAGGUCUUUGUUUCUGCUUGCAUAGGUUACGUAACUGUUUACUGGGCUGGAUCUGUCUUCACCGCAAGACCUGCAUGUUUUCUGAAAUUCAGCCGCCUGCCUUCACCCUAGAGCUAAAUGACUUCACCCCAUCACCCUUAUUUUAGCAUCCUUGCACCUGAUCUACUGCAAAAAAACAUUUUAAAAGGUCAUCGUUUGUUUUUGAGAGUCUACAGAUCUUCAACGACAUAGUUUUGAGAUGCUCAAGCCGUCCAGAGGUUCCUAUUGGUCCAGACAGAAACCCAGAUGGGACAGAUUCUUCUGGUCGCAGCUCCAAUGCUCUGGAACAAAGAAGAUCUGCUCAGGACUGCAAAACAUUGCAUAAAUCCUCCUUAAAAUAACCCCAGACAGCCUAAUUUGCUAAGACUGAAUUUGUUACUCUGGCUAUUUCAUCAUUUGGAUAAUUUUUUUCCCUUAUCUAUUGAUUUUGUACACAAUUAUAUUUAAUAAGCUCCAUACUUUGGGCUACAUUUAUUUAUAGUUGGCCUGUACGACAUUAUAAUGUAACUAAGCUUGUUUUUAAAUGUACUUAAAGGCCCAAUAGAUAAUGAAGAAAAAACUGUUAUGAAAUAAAACUGUGGCUUUUGUCAAUAAUGUUUAAGCUGAAGUGCAACCAUGGUAACCUCAUUAUAAUGUGUUUUUUUUUACAGCUUUUUAAAUUAUAUAUUUUUUAUUGAUUACAGAUGCUGCAUUUUGCUUUAAUAUUUUAUUAAAGAUGCCAGGCUGAUGUAAAGUAGCGCCUGUACUUUAAUAAAGAUAUCCAUUGUGGUUUUA